AUGACGAAGAGCCAGGGUCUGGGCGGGGACAGUUUAGAGUCAAGGGAAUUUUUUAGCACAUCUGAAUACGCGCGAGUGCCACCUAAUGCCACGCAUCUUUUUAUUCAAUUGGUGCAGAGACUCUUGCAAUAUUGGGAGUGUCCCUUUCGCGCUGCUGAAACCCGUCUGGCAAUGAAGCGAACUGAGUUGCUGAGGGCGAAUGGAGGAAGCCCGGACCUGAUUCGUGACUUGCUAGGUGAUGCCCAAUUAUGGGAUCUGAUAAGACGGAGCUAUAACAAACAGUUUGUCGAGCUAAAGGCAUUUUUGAACUGCUAUGUGAGUCGAUCAUGGUCUGUGCUUCGUGAGAACAAGACUGUCGGACGUCGUUAUAUCUAUGAAGGUGAGGAGGAGUUUUUUGAGGAGAUCAACAAAGGGCAUUUUUGA